CAAACAAACAAAAAAACAAAUACCUAAAGGGUUUUUCUGUAGAACAGCAGGCAGUUUAACUGUUCAGCACAAACAAGGGACUCAUGAACAACUAUCACUAAACAACAAAAAACAGCUGUGCAUCAUUCAGGUAACAACACAGUGUUAAGAAUCUAGCGUAUGUAAACUUUUGAACAGGGUCAUUGUUAUAAAUUCAACUAUAUUCUCUUGUUGACCAUGUGUAAAUGUCUUUUAUGUGAAAUAUCUUAUUCAGGUCAGUGCUAAAUAAAAAAUAAUGUGCAUUUUGUAUGACCUCUCUUAUUUUGGUAAAAUAAUUAACAUUUUGCAGAUUCUGCAAGGUGUAUGUAAACUUUUGACCUUAUAUAUAUAUAUAUAUGGUGGUGUUCUAGGCCUAUUACAAAUCUUAUCUGGGAUUGUAAAAGCACUAUAUAUAUAGUAUAGUUGGAAGUAUAGUUUACAUUUUGUUUGCUUGUUUCAUAUUCAGUAUGAAAGUUGAAAUAAAACAGUAAUAAAACAAUGCUAAGUCAACAUAUGUCAGACGUAACUGGUCAAGUAUGUACGAGUCAAGGGUUUGAUUCCCAAAUGUGUACCUUAAAUUCACUGCAAUUCAUUUUGAAUAAAAGUGUCUACCAAAUAUGUAAACACAAAUGUUAAAUAACAAUCUAAUGUUGGUUCCACAUGUUUGCAUCCUCAGUUAAUGAUAAAAUAAGCCUGGCAUUAUAAUCUCUACCAAAUUGAUGAACAAUGUAUCACUGGAAAGUUAUUAAGGUCUGAUUGUAAAUAAAUGAUCAGCAUUUAUAUUCCUCUAGGGAGUUUCAAAAGCGUGUGCAACAGUAAUGCCUUGCACCCAUCAGAGAGCUAAUUGAAUAGCCUAAUUUGGACAUUUGUAUGGCUUAAACAAAAACAUUUUUACAGAGGAAUCCAUUUAAGUGCUUUACCAAAAGCACACGCUUCCCAUUUCUGCUUUUAAACCAUCUAGUAAACAAUUGUAAGUGCACGUAAACACAUUUCUAUUUGUGUUUCGAAAGAAUUGCCUGUGGUGAUCGGCAUCUUGCCACUGCAGAUGCUGGACGGGCAUCGUGUGGAACAUGAGCUGCAAUAUUUCUCUUCACCCAGUUCCAGAUCUCUGUUUGUUGCAGUCUGUGGAGCGAAAUGAAAAAGCACCGGAGCUGCGACUCCUCCAGUUGCUCUCCCCCUCACUGUGCAAGUCAUUUAUAAUUCUGGAUUAAGUCAGCGCAGAUAGCGAGGUCAACCACAGCCGCUUGCGCACAAAAGGCAACAUCAUUUCCUUCUCAAGCUAUUAGACUUUAAUAUAGCAACAGCGCUUUGUAGCUCUCAAUUGAUUGCUUUUUAUGUUACCGCAAUGGCAAUAAGUCUAACUUUCUUGCCUCCUCUUUCACACAUGUCAUCAUUACCUGUCCUUCCCCCUUCCUCUCCAUCUCUUGUUUAUCUCCAAUCAAACAUCAUCAUUCCUUUUAGAGUGCAGGUAGAGUUCUAUGUGAAUGAAAACACUUUCAAGGAACGUCUGAAGCUGUUCUUCAUCAAAAACCAAAGAUCCAGUUUGAGAGUGCGACUCUUCAACUUCUUCCUGAAGGUUCUGAGCUGCCUGCUCUACAUCGUACGAGUCCUGCUAGACGACCCGCGGGAGGACAGAGACUGUCCUGGCUGUCUCAGACAGAAUGCCUCUGCCCACAACAGAAGCCAUUUUGACUGGUCCCUCAUUAUUUGGGUGAACAGGCCUCUGCCACUCUGGGCUCUUCAGGUGCUUGUUGCAUUCAUCAGUUUUUCAGAGACCAUGUUGCUGGUGUACCUCAGCUACAAGGGCAACGUUUGGGAGCAAGUGUUGCGCAUUCCGUUCGUUCUGGAGAUGAUCAGCGCCGUUCCUUUCGUGAUCACUGUGAUUUUGCCCUCCCUCAGAAACUUGUUCAUUCCUGUUUUCCUGAACUGCUGGCUGGCCAAACACGCUCUUGAGAACAUGAUUAAUGACCUGCACAGAGCGAUUCAGCGAACACACUCGGCCAUGUUCAACCAGGUGCUCAUUCUCAUCAGCACCCUGCUCUGCCUCAUCUUCACCUGUAUUUGUGGUAUUCAGCACUUGGAACGAGCAGGGAACAACCUGACGCUCUUUGAUUCUCUGUAUUUCUGUGUUGUCACCUUCUCAACGGUGGGAUUUGGUGAUGUUACACCUCAGAUUUGGCCCUCUCAGCUGCUGGUCGUCAUCAUGAUCUGUGUGGCUCUUAUAGUCCUACCAAUACAGUUUGAACAGUUGGCUUUCUUGUGGAUGGAGCGACAGAAGUCCGGAGGGAACUACAGUCGCUAUCGUGCCCAGACCGAGAAGCAUGUGGUGUUGUGUGUCAGCUGUCUCAAGAUAGACCUACUCAUGGACUUUCUCAACGAGUUCUUUGCGCACCCCAGACUGCAGGACUACUAUGUGGUCAUCUUAUGUCCCGCUGAGAUGGACGUUCAGGUGCGGAGGGUACUGCAUAUCCCGCUAUGGGCUCAGAGGGUCAUCUACCUGCAGGGAUCUGCUCUCAAAGAUCAGGACCUAAUGAGGGCAAAGAUGGAUGAUGCCGAGGCCUGUUUUAUCCUAAGCAACCGGUUUGAAGUGGACCGCUUUGCCGCUGACCAUCAGACCAUUCUUAGGGCUUGGGCCGUGAAGGACUUUGCCCCAAACUGCCCUCUCUACGUGCAGAUCCUCAAACCUGAGAAUAAGUUCCACAUCAAGUUCGCAGACCAUGUGGUUUGUGAGGAGGAGUUUAAGUAUGCCAUGUUGGCCCUCAACUGUGUGUGUCCUGCCACGUCCACUCUGAUCACCUUAUUGAUUCACUCCUCUAGAGGACAAACAGCAUCUUCAGAGGCCUUCAAGCAGCGAGCAGGCGCCUUCCAGCCCCUCAACAGGGAAGGCGGUGCUGGCUCCGUCGACCAAUGGCAGCGCACGUACCGGCGGUGUGCAGCCAAUGAGGUCCACCACAUUCGGCUGGAAGAGAGCAAGUUUUUUGGAGAAUAUCAGGGAAAGAGUUUUACCUUCGCUUCCUUUCACGCACAUAAGAAAUACGGCGUGUGUUUGAUCGGGGUGCGGAGGAUGGACACAGCCAACAUCCUCUUGAAUCCUGGACCCUGUCAUAUCAUGGGAGCCUCCGAUACCUGUUUCUAUAUCAACAUCUCCAAGGAGGAGAACUCAGCCUUUGUCAGGGGCCACAGAGAGCCAGUCAGGGGCCCCGGGGGCGACUCCAGAGGGGUCCCGCAGACAAUAUACCAUGGCCUCACUCGGUUACCAGUGCACAGUAUUAUAGCCAGCAUGGGCACGGUAGCCAUUGACCUGCAGGACUCCAGCGACAGCAGUCCAGAAGGCUCGGGCCCGCCGGCUCUGGGCAGCGGGACUGUGAGUAGGAGUGGCUCCAGGACAGAAGUGGGCGGCUGUAACACUCUAGCACUGCCCGCCAUGAGCAGCUCAGGGGAGGAAAGGAGACACAGCAUCGCCCCCGUCCUGGAGGUGGUAGACGGGGUGCACAGCCCUACGUUUGACCUGCUUGGAGACCAAUCGGAGGACGAGGGAGGAGAGGAGGGAAAGGAGGAAGAGGGGGGAGAGCAGAAAGGCCAGUGGUGGGGAGCACACUGCGAAUGGGUCAAAGGCUACCCGCUCAACUCUCCAUACAUCGGCAGCUCCCCUGCCCUCUGCCACCUCCUGCAGGAGAAAAUGCCAUUUUGCUGUCUGCGUCUGGACAAGGCUUGUCAUCAUAUGCCCUACGAGGACGCUCGCUCAUACGGCUUUAAAAACAAACUGAUUAUCGUCUCCGCAGAAAGCGCUGGAAACGGCCUCUAUAACUUCAUCGUCCCGCUGCGGGCGUAUUACCGGCCCAGAAAGGAGCUCAACCCAAUCGUUUUGCUACUGGAGAACGUACCUGAGGCAGAUUUCCUGGAGGCCAUCUGCUGGUUUCCUAUGGUUUUCUACACAGUGGGCUCCAUUGACAAUUUGGAUAGUCUUCUGCGUUGUGGCGUGACGUUUGCUGACACCAUGGUUGUGGUGGACAAAGAAAGCUCCAUGAUCGCCGAGGAGGAUUACAUGGCGGAUGCCAAGACCAUUGUUAAUGUUCAGACGCUCUUCAGGCUUUUUCCAGCUCUCAGUAUCAUAACUGAACUCACCCACCCGGCAAACAUGCGCUUCAUGCAGUUCAAAGUGAAAGAUCACUAUUCUCUAGCUCUCUCCAAGCUGGAAAAGAAAGAGAGAGAGAGAGGCUCUAACCUGGUGUUCAUGUUCAGAUUACCAUUCGCAGCCGGGAAGGUGUUUAGCGUCAGUAUGUUAGACACUCUGCUGUAUCAGUCCUUUGUGAAGGACUACAUGAUUUCCAUCACCAGACUGCUGCUAGGUCUCGACUCCAUGCCUGGAUCUGGUUUCCUGUGUGCUAUGAAGAUCACAGAGGAGGAUUUGUGGAUUCGCACUUAUGGCCGUCUCUACCAGAAGCUGUGUUCAUCAACAGGAGACAUCCCCAUCGGCAUCUACCGCACUGAAGCGCAUAAACUCCCCGUCUCAGAGUCUCAGGUGUCCAUCACGGUGGAGGACUACGAGGAUACGCGUGAACCCCGCGAACCUCUGCUCUGCCGCUCCGGUCUUCAUCGUAACUCCACGUCAUCCGAGCCACCCUCAUCAUCAUCUUCACAGGUCAUGGACCACCCGCUUCUGAGGAGGAAGAGCAUGCAGUGGGCGCGACGGUUGAGUCGUAAAGGUGGGCGGAGCUCCAGCGGGGCCAAGGGAAUGGGGAGCGCCGCCGAGCGCAUCAGCCAGCAGAGACUCAGCCUGUUCCGACGCUCCGAGAGACAGGAACUCAACGCUUUGGUCCGCACACGCAUGAAGCACCUGGGGCUCUCGCCAUCUGGAUUUAUCUUGUGUCCUGCUCUUCUUAUGUCAGAUGGGAUGACGGACCAGGGCAACAGACUGUCUUAUAUUCUUAUCAACCCUUCACCCGACACACGCCUGGAGCUCCAUGAUGUGGUGUAUCUGAUCAGACCAGACCUUCUGUCACCAGUGCCUAACCAGGCCGGCGGUCGCAAGCCCAGCGCAGGGCCAGCGGAGGGACACAGAUUUGACACGCAGGACAGCACACAUCUAUGAACACAUUCACCACAGGGCACCAGCACGAGAAGAUAGGGAUACUUACGUGCGUGUGUGUGUGUGUGUGUGUGUGUGUAUGGUUGAAAAAGAGAGGACAACGUGCAGAUGGGACUGUGAGCUGAAUCUACACUGUAAAAAGUGAUUCGCUUUUAGUUGCCUUCACUCAGCUUUCAUAUUAAAUAGUCACUACCACUGAAAUGAUUAAGAGAACAUGGAUUUUUAAAGCUUUCAUUGAAUCAGUUAAUGGAUGCAUUUUAUAACAACCAUCAAGAGCCUGUCAAGGUCACAUUAAAUGCCAAAAGAAGAAAACAAAAUGUGUUUUGCAUAAAUAAAAUGAACCCUUUUUAGGACCGUUUUGAAUUCUGAUCAUAUUUUCAUGAAAAUUAAAUAUAUUUUCCUCACUUUGAAAUAAUCACAGCACAUUUCACAUGAUAAAAAGUACGAUUUGUAUUCAAGAAAAUAUGGUAAUUGUAAUUAUGUAACAAUCAUAAUGGUUCUAAACGUAAACUUAUACUUUAUACAAAUUAUAUAUAUAUAUUUUUUUUUUUGACAUGGACAAAUAAAACCAAAUAAAGCUGAUUUAAGGUUAAGGAACACUGCCCAGUGCCAAAUAAGUUUCAUUUCUCAAUAUCUUGCAGGAACAUGCUUAACAUGCUUAAAAAUUAAAAAAAAAAAAAAGCCUGCUUAUUAUAAGCACCUCUGGAUUUUUUUUCUCCUUUUGAUCAUGUUUCAGUCUUGUGCUUUGCCCCAAUAGCACAAUAAAGCCUGAUGACUUCUAAUAUAACUUCUAUGGUUUCUACAAAUUACAUUAACAAAGCUUUGUUUCAGUAAAUGUAAAUGUGAUAGAUAGAGGGAGGUAAAUGUUUAAAUUAAAAGUUUAUCGAAUGUAUUUAAAAUGAUCCUAUCUAAUGUAAAAGAUAAAAGCUGCCUGUACAAGUGUCUGUACAAACCAAGAUAAAAAUGCUAUCUUAGAUAUACAGUACGAUGAGAAUGUAAAUAUAUGAUUGACACACAAAACAAACAGGGAUCAUUAAAAAGUUUUAAAAUACUAAAAGUUUUGACUUUUAAAUAUUUGUUGUCUGCACUUUUUAUUUUUUCAGGAGUAUACAAAACAAUAUCUGUUAAAUGACUGCAUAAAGUCAAGGUUUUUAAAUUAAAUUAACAUAAUAAAGUUCUCCAAAUAAAACACUGGAUUUGUUUGAAAUCACAUAAAACUUUUGUAUAUUCAAGCAACAAAUCACUUUUUACAGUGUAUCCUAAUCCUUAUUUUCUUACUAAAGGCCUUUCCAACGCAUGGACCUUGAAAAACUCAUUUACAUUUGAUUUACGCGUCAAAUUAAUUUUGAUGCCGGACAGCCGAGGCCACGUAAGUGCAUUUAUGACGUAACUCGUAUUAGUCUCUGUGCAUGUGAAUGUAUGUCGAAUA